UACAAUACUUUUCUAUUCCCUUGUGGAAUAGUUACAGUGGGACAGUGAAGUAAGUUAAUGUUGUUUUUGUUGUGUCGGUGUUUUAUUUUGCCUUGGCUGUGCUGAUGAUCCUGCACUUUCUAUCCCCAUUUUAAUUUUGCUCAGUUUGGUUACUGUAGUCUACGUACAUCUCGUAGCACCUGAGCCCGUUAUUCCCACAGUUUAAUGCAACAAGAGAUGCUCCCGCAGUGUUUUGACAACACCUCUGCAGAAAGAGAGGACGACAGAUUGAAUGGUUAAUGUUGGUGGUAAUGGUGUAGCAGUAAUGCAAUCUAUUCCCUUCAUCUGCGCUGUUUAAGAAGUGAAGCCAUGGUGGAUGUGGGGAAGUGGCCACUAUUCACUCUGCUGUCAUCUCGAGAAAUUGCUUCAAUCCGGCAAGCGUGCGUGUUUGGCACCUCCGCAAAUGAAGCCAUAUACAUAACACAUAGCGAUGAGAUUUUUGUUUUUGGUCUAAACUGCAGUAACUGCCUGGGGACAGGUGACAAUCAGAGCAUGAUUGUGCCAAAGAAACUGGAUGUGCUGUGUGGGAAAAAGAUUGUUAGCCUGAGUUAUGGCAGCGGGCCACAUGUUCUACUUGCUACUGAAGGUGGAGAGGUGUAUGCCUGGGGGCACAAUGGCUACAGCCAGCUGGGCAAUGGGACUGCAAACCAGGGCAUCUCUCCUGCACAGGUGACUUCCAACCUGACGCAGAAGGUGGUGACAGAAGUGGCCUGCGGCUCACACCAUUCCAUGGCCUUGACAUUGGAUGGAGAAGUCUAUGCCUGGGGAUACAACAACUGUGGCCAAGUUGGAUCAGGAUCUACAGCCAGUCAGCCAUCACCUCGCAAAGUGUCCAACUUGCUUCAGAACAAAGUGGUUGUCAGUAUUACCUGCGGGCAGACGUCCUCCAUGGCAGUGUUAGAUAAUGGAGAGGUAUAUGGCUGGGGAUACAAUGGGAAUGGGCAGCUGGGUCUGGGCAACAAUGGGAACCAGCUAACCCCUUGCAGACUUUCAGCAUUGCAGGGGAUGUGUGUUCUUCAGAUUGUAUCUGGCUAUGCACACUCACUAGCACUAACAGAUGAGGGCUUUCUGUAUGCCUGGGGAGCUAACACUUAUGGGCAGCUGGGCACAGGCAAUAAGAGUAACCAGCUCAGCCCAGUGCAGAUCAUGAUGGAGAAGGAAAGUAGGAUUGUGGAGAUUGCAGCCUGCCAUUCAACUCACACUUCGGCUGCAAAGACGCAGAGUGGCCAGGUGUUCAUGUGGGGUCAGUGCCGGGGCCAGUCCAUCGUCCUGCCACACCUCACGCACUUCUCCUGCACUGACGACGUCUUCACUUGCUUUGCCACCCCGGCCGUCAUGUGGCGUAUGCUCUCCGUAGAGCACGACGACUUUCUGACAGUAGCUCAGUCUUUGAAGAAGGAGUUUGACAGCCCUGAAACCUCAGACUUAAAGUUCUGUGUGGAUGGGAAAUCUCUUCACGUUCACAAAGCAGUUUUGAAAAUAAGAUGUGAACAUUUCCGUUUAAUGUUUCAGUCGCACUGGAAUGAAGAUAUGAAAGAAGUGAUUGAGAUUGAUCAGUUUUCGUUCCCAGUAUACCGCGCCUUCCUGGAAUACCUGUACACUGACAAUGUAGACCUGCCUCCAGAAGAUGCAAUAGGGCUGCUGGACUUGGCAACAUCCUACUGUGAGAACAAGCUAAAGAAACUCUGUCAGCACAUCAUCAAGAGAGGAAUCACAGUGGAAAAUGCUUUUUCCCUGCUGUCUGCAGCGGUCAGAUACGAUGCUGAGGAUUUAGAAGAGUUCUGCUUCAAGUUUUGUGUGAACCACUUGACAGAAGUCACUCAGACUGCAGGUUUCUGGCAGAUUGAUGGCUCUUUGCUGAAGGAGUUCAUUUCUAAAGCCAGCAAAUGUGGAGCCUUUAAAAACUGAAACUGUCCGCUCUCCAAGACAUUACCACAAAACUGUAUAACAAUGAGAUUCUAGGUCACCAGGUUGCAAAGCCAGUGAUGACCUUUGGCUACCCGUAAAUCAAGCUGCAACCACCACCCCUGCUGGCAACCCACAAAACUGUUUUUUUUCUUGGCUGAAGUUUCUUAUUUUUGUAGGGUGGAAUGGGGGGUAUAAUAUUGCAUUGAUAUACUGCAUCUAUAUAUAACUUGAAUCAUUCUUGUUUUAUUGUUACAGGAUAGCAGUACUGGCACAUAAGGUACAAUGUUGAAGCGCACUUAAGGUUAAUUACUAUGAAUGUUAAGAGUGAUACAAUGCUGCAUGAAUGAGCCAAGAUCGAACACACCGCUUGGUACAGUAGCUGCUCAUAGUUAAUUAACCAUGUGAUUUGCGAGUAUGGGAUGCACAGCAUGCCCUAGGGUGGUGUCUUGUAUUGCAUAAUUGAGAUCCUCAUGGCUUGUUUGGUACUAGUACCAAAAUUCUGCAAUCUACGUCUGAUAGCCACAGCCAAGUGACGUUAUGCCUGCCCUAUAUGCAUACGUAAUGAUUUAUUUUUUAAACCAUGGACAGGUUUUUUUGGGGUUUUUUUUUUGACAAAUGGUUCAUUGGCCAGGAUUGAUCUUAAAAUGGGGUUGUGCAUGGCAUUAAAACUUUUAGUAGUGCAUACUUGAGAUGAGAUUUAAAAACCAAGGGUGGCCUGGAGAAACCUGUUAAACCACAAUUUUAUUUUCUCUUGAUCCUUGCAUCUUAUUGCCAUCCGCUACAUUUUUUUGAACUGAGAUGUUUGUGGGUUAUUGAGUCUCUGAAAAUUUACAAUGAUAUGCGUGAAACUGUUGAUAAUGAAACCAACAUUAGUUUAGAACGGUUUCAUGAAUAUCAAUGUUAUUUUUCACGUAAAUGGUUGGCCGAAAAUAGUCCUGUGCACACCUGACCUGCUCUGCGAGUUGUUUAUGGCAUUUGUUGAAUAUUUUAGAAAUCCUGUUGUUUCCAAAUUGGGGUGAUUUAACUCCAAAUUGUUAAAUCUUCUAAUUCUGGUAAGUAUUUGUUCCGUACUAACUAAAUUGAAUUUUUACUGUUUCUAAGAAAAUGUACAGGAACAGCCUUGUCAACUCUAUACCAGUGGUUCUCAGUCCUGGUCCUGGGGAACCACUGCCCUGCUGGUUUUUGUUCCAACUGAGCUCUCAUUUACUUAGAGUUCCUUAAAGUUACUUAUACAAUUUUAUACUCAACUUGAAAUCUCCUUCUGUUUAAAAUAAUUUAAGAGCACAGAUUAGGCAAAUUAUUAGUUCAAUUGGGGUUCAAUUAAGCUCAGUUGGAACAAAAACCAGCAGGGCAGUGGUCCCCCAGGACCAGGAUUGAGAACCACUACUCUAUACUGUAUUAUCUGACACAUUGUUUGCAUUCUUAAAUAGUUAAAAGCUGGAACUAUCCCUGCCUUUAACAAUUGUAAUUAAAGUUUUGUAAACUGUC